CAAAUAAAUACGCAUAAGUCGCGGUCUCCACCAAACACAACUCGUCGACGUCACCAUGUCCGUCGCCCCCGCCAACGACGACCGCACCGCCGAGCUCCACGCGCUGGACGCAACCCUCGCCGGCGUUCGCGGCCUCGUGGCGUCAGGCGCGACGCAUGUCCCGCACAUCUUCCGCCUCCCUGACCCGGUGGAGCAGCUCCGGGAUCCUCCUCCCUCGGCGCCCGUCCCGGUGAUCGACCUCGGCGGCGACCGCGCGGCCGUGGUGGACGCCGUCGGCCGGGCCGCGUCGGAGUGCGGGUUCUUCCAGGUGACGGGCCACGGGGUGCCCGAGGAGGCGAUGGCCUCAGCCGUGGCGGCGGUGCGGGCGUUCCACGAGGCGGACGGUGGGGAGGGCAGCGACAAGGCGCGGCUCUACUCGCGGGAGCCCGGGAAAGCGGUCAAGUAUCACUGCAACUUCGACCUGUACCAGUCGCCGGUGGCCAACUGGAGGGACACGCUCUACCUGCGCAUGGCGCCCGACCCGCCGUCCUCCGACGAGCUGCCGGAGAGCUGCCGGUGAGCGUGCUCAGCUCUCUUUUUGCGCGCCUCAUUCCAGUAUUAAAUUAAAUCUUGGUCAGUACUUCGUGAUUCGAUGGUGACUAGUCAAGAGACAGAGAUACAAUUUGUCAGUUCUCUGGAUUCAUUCGUGAUUCGAUAGGCUUAAUCAAAUGAGCAUGCAUGAUUAAGUACUCCGUGAUUUGUUGAUUUGGCGUACCCUGUAUGUAGUCCUUGUGGUAAUCUCUAGGAAUCAGAUAGUAUUCUUUCUUAUCACUAAAAAAAUUAUUUCAUCAAUUACUAACUGAAUGCCCGUGCAUUACUACGGGAGCUAAAAAAAUAAAGUGUAAAAAGAUAUAAAUCUACCAACACAUAACAAUAUUCAUCAUACAUAAUGCUGUCGUUCCAAAAAGAAUUGAGAUAAAUCGAACUCAUUGUUCACCAUUGUCAUCAAGGUAAACUACAUUCUAUUUUAUAUCCUUGCCUAUGAUACGGUUAAGAUAAUCUUUUAUGUUCGCAGAAAAAGUAGUUUUCAAUAAGCAUUCAAGUCUGACGCCAAUACAUUGAUGAUGAAGUUCUCCCGCAUAGUACGGGCAAUCUGCAAACAAUUUGGAUACAUAAGUAUACAUUCCAUAUGUGAUGUAUGUUAUAACUAUGAUUUACAUUGAAUUAUUGACAACUGUGGCUGAAACAACCCAUUUAGAAUAGAAAAACAGUUUGCUGAUAACACUGACCAUAAUGUCCUAUAUAAGAUCGAUGUGUGAACCAUCCAUAAGAUGUGUUUUUAAUGAAGUUUCAAUAAACACAAUUCACACGUGGUAACCAUUUAGUACAGACUGGAAGGGAGAAAGCCCUGCAUCUUCUAAUAGAGAUGUAUAAAAAUCAGUAUCAAUACCUAGUAAACCAUUCCUUUACUAAUUAAUAAGUGGAUAAAUUACAGAGUCAAGGUCCGUUGAUGCAUCACAGAGUACAGGCAAUGAAAAAGAUAUUGAGCACAUGGUCUGAAACUGUCGCCCUUUUAGAUUAGCGUUCACUAUUGCCAAAUACAUAUAUGGUACAAACAAUGAUAGUACAAAGAUGCCAACAGGCAAAUUAGCUCCAAUCAAGCAUGAUAGUUCAAUAUAACAUCACAGAGAUACAUUUUCGAAGAAUUGAUUUCUAAUGGUGCAAUGGUAGAAGCAGAGAUGAAAGGGUGUCACAUACCUUUAGCAGACCAGUCGCAAGCAAUGAACUAUAAGCAUGGCCAGUAAUCUCUUAUCCUCAAAACUCCUCAACUUGGUCAGUGGAAACAAAAGAAAUAAGACGUGAGCGAGUGAUCGAUACCAGAGAAUGGACAGUAGAGAUCCCUUCUUUUGGCUGUGUUGUCAGGAAAAUGUGUGGUGAAAAUAAAGGGUGUCACAUAAAAAAUCAUGAUCAGCGCACACAGUGACAAUCUCCCAAAAACUUAUCAGAAUGUGCUGUCAACAGAAUAAAAAAUUUGGCAGGAUAGAGAAUUUGCAGCACACACACCAGAAUGGAGAAAAACAGUGACGGUAGAAAAGGAACCAUGGCAGUUUUGCUUAUAUCUCUUGAACUCAGAACACCCCAAACCUCUUUUUUUUUCUCUUAAAUCUAUUGUAAAGGCUUUAAUUCAGAAUGGCACUUAACUCUGCAAGUAAUCAUCCAUAACCAGUCCUAGCAUUAACAUUCUUAAAGUUCACAUAAUCAAUAAGACAAUGUACAUCACCUAGUACUAUCUUUUUAUCCUUCAUACGGAUUGUCCAUUGCAUAGAACAAGUAGAGUCGUGCCUAUGAACAUGGUAUAUGAGAGAAAUGUCAGCUUUUUUCUAUACAUAGGAUGAUUCAGAAUCUAAGCUAAAAACUCUGAAUAAAAAGGAAAUCAAAUAAUGUGAAUUGCAUGAAAGUAAUGUUGUCCCAUUUUUUCUAACCAAUGAAAGUUUCACACUUACAGAUAUUUACAGUAUAAAAAAGCAUAUAUUGAAGUUGUUAACCACAGAAUCAUAUAAUCUUAGUUUCAGAAGCCAUCUAUGCGCAUGACGAUUGUAAAAAAAAUCACUCAAAUAACUGCAAGGGGCUUUUUAACAAAUAUGGAAUUCAUGCAAAGGCCUAGAUAUACACAGCAAGUUCAGUAUUGAAAAAGAAAGCAUGCAAAUGAAUGCAACUAAAGAUCAAUGGUUGCCCCAAGGAAGCAGAAAAACAUAAAUAUCGUCCUUCGUCAGAUCACAGCAACAGUUCACAUUGAAUGGCACAACAACAGUUAAAAAAAAUCCUCUGGGUGUCUCCAAAUCAUCAGAAAUUCAAAACAGAGCAAAAGAUUAAAAAAAAUUGCUCACCAACCAACAGCCCACAAACUCAUCAUCUUCGUCUUGUCCUCCUUUUUCUAUUGACCGGCUAAGAGAGCCAGCAGUCCCACCUGCGGCGAAGGGCUAGCACUCUCACUUGCGUGGGUGCUUAACACAGAAGUGGCAACACCCCACCUGCAGCGGCUGGCACAUGAGUCCACGAUCCCCGGCAGCAGCGAUGCCCCGAGGAGUUCCACAUGCUCCUCUGGUAGCAGCACUGUCCGUCCGAGGAACGUGGGAGGACCUUCCAGUGCGCGCCGACUCAAACUCGCCGUCGCGCUCCUCUACCACACCACACGUCCACCGCCUCCGAUACACCUCAGGCAUCCACGCCCACUCCUCCAUCGCAUGCCUGACCCGACAGCCAUGGGUAUUGAGGUGCAUCAGCAAUGGAUAAUGGCGGACGGCGGGUCAGCGGCGCAUGUCUUCGGAAGGCAGGGAUGCAGAAUUAGGGAAGCAUGGCAGGGGCGUCUGAUCCACCUUGUUAAUUUCAGCU